AUCGCGUUGUUGCUAUUUUUCCUCUUCUUCUCCGAGAAAUGAAAACCCUAUUAUAGGUAUUUGUUGUUUCUCUUUCCGUGUCCCUAGUUUUGCUUCGAAUUCAGCUUUCAUGGCGACGGCGGCGGGAGGGGCUUACGAAGGAGGAGCAGGUGGCAAAUUCCGGAAGAGGCCGUUCCGAAGAGCGCCGACGACGCCUUACGACCGGCCGGCGACGGCUAUCCGGAACCCUGUUGAAGCAAGGAGGAACGGGUGGAUUUCGAAGCUUGUCGAUCCAGCUUCGAGGAUAAUCACGAAAAGCGCCCAGUUGUUAUUCUCGUCUGUGUUUCGCAAGGGUCUUCCUGCUCCGCCGCCCGGUACAGAGGUAAACAGAGAACUGAGGCUUGAGGCUCCUGAAGAAUUGAGGAAGGAGACUCCUGAAGAAUUGAGGAAUGAGACUACUGAAGAAUUGAGGAAUGAGACUCCUGAAGAAAUUUAUACUUCUGGUGCACAAGAACGUGUCCACGGUGAAGGUGAUGUCACAAAUAAUUGUUCUGACGGUAAUGGGAUUAAUGAGCUAGAGAAAAUUCUGAAGCAGAAGACUUUUACCAGAGAUGAGAUUGAUCACUUAACAGAAUUACUGCGGUCGAGGACUGUUGAUAUACCUGCAAGAGAUGAUAAAAGGCCUGAACCAAGUAAGUCACAGCUGGUACCAGUUCUUAACAGAGUGGAACCUGAAUAUAUUCCAGGGCAAGCAGUUGGGGUGGAAAGCCAUAGAUUGGUCGGAAGCAUUUCAGCUACUGCCGUCAGCUCAAGUAUAGAAAAACAGAUCCUUGAAGAGGAUAUUGCUUCACCAGCUGAACUCGCUAAAGCCUACAUGGGUACUAGGCUUUCAAAAGUGUCCCCAUUAGGCUUGCGUAGCCAAGCACUCAGGGGAGAUGUGUCUUUGCUAAGUAAUGGACCAUUACCUCAGAAGUCACCCAAAAUGUCACUUGCACCAAGGUCAGCUGUCCGCUUUGCUGGUGUUUCUGGGGCUUCGGAAAAUUGCUAUCUGACUCCAAGACCUCGAGGCAGAUCUGCAAUAUACAGUAUGGCUCGUACUCCAUAUUCAAGAGUUCAUUCCACUGCUACCGUUAAGGCUACAGAGUCGAUAAUUGAUGGGUAUGCUGGCCCCUCAACAUCAUCUCAGUGGACAUGGGAGAAUGGAACACUUUCUAGUGGUAAACAGGUCUCUAAACGAAGAAUCUCAGUUUUAGACAAUGAUAUUGGAUCUGUUGGCCCUAUACGUAGGAUUCGUCAGAAGACUAAUCUGAUGGCACCUUCAAAAGGUCUGGGCUUAUCAGUUCCUGGGAGUCCACUUUUGUUCGAAGAACCUAAACAAAAUAUUUCAAGCAUGAAGCUUGCAGAAAAUGGGGAUAAUAGUGUUCCCAGCACAAGUAUACCAUCUAUCCCUUCCCAGUCCACUGAGAUGGCUCGGAAAAUAUUGCAGCAGCUUGAUAAGUUAGUACCUUCUCCUAAAGAAAAAUCAUCUGAGCUCAAGCUGGCUAUUGCUAGGGAGAGAUCACCUUCCAAGUUGAUGCUUAGUAUGCCACAUGAACAUGCUAUAAGAAGUAUGGAUGAAGUGGAUUCAUCAAAGUUGCUGCCUAGUAUACAAGGUACCACUGGUGGUGUUCAGCAAACUCUGGGCAUUGAUUCUAGUUGUCAAAAGCUUGACAAGGUUGAAGAAAAUGUGCCAAAGAAUAUGGGAGACAAAUUGGCUCCUAAAGCUAAUGGUGCAGAAACUACAAUGUUGAUUAAAGGUGCUGUACCUGCUUUUAAGACUGCAGAUUCGGUGACCUCCAACUUUACUUCAAAUCCUCCACAAAAGAAACGGGCUUUCCAAAUGAGUGCACAUGAGGAUUUUGUGGAGAUGGAUGAAAAUAGCCGCGGAGUUUGCAGUACAGCUACACUAUUGGCUUCUGGAAAAGGUAAAUUGGACACAUCUGUCAUGGAGAAUAUAACCACGUCUUCUGAAGCAGGAGCUACAGAGAAGUCUCCAGUUUCUUCUGCUGAAACCAAACUCCCAAAUUCUGAAGCCAAGUCCUCUGUAGGUUUCAUAUUCAACAAAAUUACUGAUAUAGUAGCUUCUGAAGGAUCAACACUUGCAGAAAAGAAGUCUUCUCCCAGCACAAUUACUCAGCCAGCUAAACCCGCUCCUCAGUUGCUGCCAGUAUUUAGUAACAUAGCUCCACCAAAAGAACCAAUUAGUACUCCAAUUUUCAGCUUUGGCUCUAAAAGUGUUGAGAAGCCCUUUACCAUAGCGCCUUCUAGCUUUAAUGAAUCAUCAGGCCCUAAAUUUGGUGCUGAGCCAGGCUCAAAGCUAGAGAAUUUUGGCAGUCCUGCCACCGUCACUUCUACAACAACAGAAACUGUGUCAAAAACUGGAGAGUCAGAUAAAUCUGAUAAUGGUCAGAAAGCUGUAGAUUCAUUCAGAAAACCUGAACAUUUCAUUUCUUCUGGUCUGUCAACUUCAACUCCUCCAAGCAUUUUGUCUUGUGGUGCCUCUAAUAACCGUUCAGGACUAAGCAAUGGGUCCCUUGCCACAACCGCUUCUAUUUUCUCAGCUCCUGCUGCUAGCUCUGCCAACCAGAUUUUUUCCACCAGCUCUACAUCUAUUACUGCCACUACCACCAUUACAACUAUUCCUGCGACUAUUGCCAGCAGUCCAUCUACCUCGGCAUCAGCUCCUUCAUUUCCUGUGGCACCCAUAUUCCAGCUUGGAUCCAGCAAAUCUGCAACAGUUACAUCAAAUUCGGUUUCAGCACCAACAAUGUCUGGUGCAGAGUCUACAGAUUUGGAGCCAAGGUCCAAGCAGGCUUCACCAUUUGGAAGCAUAGGCUCUUCUUUUGGCACAUCAUCUUCAUUUGCAGGUAGCAGCAGCGGUGUUUUUACGUUUGGUGCUUCAGCCACUGCUAAUACUACAAAUGCUGCUUCGUCUUCCUCUAACCAGUCUCAGAGCUCUAAUCUUUUCAGUGCUGGCACUGGAUCACAGUUUGGUGCUCAGGUAGCUUCUGCGGGAACUGGGCUUUCACCUUUCACACAGAGUAUGCCAAGUCAGUUUGGGUCAUCUGCCUCAUCUCCGACGUUUGGGUUGAGUGGGUCUUCUGCUUUCAGUUCUGGAAGUUCUUUGUUUGGUUCAACUCCUUCUAAACUUUUUGGUUCAAGUCCUGCCUUUGGACAGGGUACAUCAACUACCUUCUCUACUGGUGCUAAUUCUUUUAGUUCUAGUAGCAGUGCUACCAGUAUAUUUGGUUCCAGUUCACAGGCAGCUACAUCAUCAGUAUUCGGUUCUGCCUUUGGUACCGCAUCUUCUCCAGCAACGGGAUUUUCUUUUGGAGCAUCCUCAACUGCUUCUGCUGCUGCUACUGGGAGCACACCAAUGGCAUUUGGCUCAUCUAUUGGUUCCUCAUCAGGAUCUAUUUUUUCAUUCACUUCGGCUUCUGCAUCUACUUCAGCCUCGCUCACCCCAUCACGCCCUUUGUUUGGGGUCCCAAAUCCAUCAGGCACGUUUGGUACAGCCUCCCCAGGUAAUGAUCAGAUGAACGUGGAGGAUAGUAUGGCUGAAGAUACAGUACAAGCACCUCUACCGGCAGUUCCAACAUUUUCCCAACAAGCUACUACCCCACCUAGUUUCACAUUUGGUUCUCCAGCUUCGGCAAGCACACCUAAUAUUUUUCAGUUCAGCACGCAACAGAGUUCAGUAGCUCCACAGACUACAUCUCCAUUUCAGGGGUCUGGUAAUCUCGAGUUCACUGGAGGAAGUUUCUCAUUGGGCACUGGGGGUGGUGACAAACCUAAUCGGAAAUUCAUUAAAGUCAAACGAGACAAACAACGGAAAAGGUAGUAUCCACUGGUUUUUAUCUGCCUAGGUGGUCUGAACUAAUGGCAAUGACGGGUCAAUUAUAGUUAGAGAUGCUGCACGCAUGCAUUUUCUUUUAUUAGAUUUCCUGGUAAAUUGGCCUAUUUUGUACUGGAAAUCUGGUAGCCCGUUUACGUCUUCAUCCUCCACCCCCUCUUUUUUGCAGUUUAUUCUUGCCAUGCAAGUCAAAAAAUGUUCCAAUUUUGGUUUAGUCGAGAUCAAAGAACUUGAGCAUCGAUCUCAGUUUCCUUCAGAAGCUGUCAUUUUGUACUUUGGUCUGUGUAACAUAGAAGAAAAGGCUAUGUAUUGAUUAAAGACACUUCUCAGCCAGUGCCCCAUGUAUCUCCUUGCCAAUCUUUAAUGAUGAAAGCAAGCAAAUCAGCUGUAGCAGGAAUACUUGAUAUACUUUUCGGGGUCAAAUUUAGCAAAGCAGUUACCCAAUGGCUUUAUAUUGUGGCCUCUGAAAGCUGAAGGCUAGACAACUAAUUCUGCAGAUCAUGGUUGCUUCAAUUGAAUUCACUCUCUUCACAUUUUUUGUUUUUCAACUUUA